AUGGACGACAAUGAUCAGAUGAUUGAAAAAUGGAUUCAAGAACAUGAUAAUUCUGUAAUACCACUUCCUGAAAUCGAAUUUGAGCCCCAUCUUCUAAUUUCUAAGGUAAGAAAACAUUACAUGGAGCAUGUCAUAAAAUUACUAGCUUUAAAUUAUGAAAACCACCAAAAAUUACUAAAUAAGAAUAUCUACCUCCCGAGUGCAAUUUGGCGGUGUGCUAAAAUAAUUGAGACAACUGCAGCACAAAGUUCAAUGGUGAUCAAUUUGUACAGAAGAAACAUUGUCACUAUGAUAAAUCAGGUUAAAGCUGAUACAAAUAAAGGAAAACUGAACAAAAAAUUAUUUGAAUGUCUAAAGAAACCUCCUGAAAAUGAAAAGAAGUCACAAACAACACUAACAAUGGGUAAAGAUUGUCCUUGUGUAUGCACUUGUUAUCAAAGAAAAAAGAUUAGAAGAGAUAAACCACCCUUUGAUGACAAUGAAACCCUAAUUUUAAAUAAUACAAAUUUUGAUGGUAUAACACAAGUUAAAGCUACUCAAGUUGAUACUAGUUGUCAAAUGUUAAACGCAGAUAAAACAAAUGAAAAUUUGUCAUUAACUCAAAAAUCACAUGAUGCUGAUGAAGUAAUGCAACAAAUGGAAAAACUGUUUGAAGGAGGGACAAAUGAUGAUGAUAUAUUUGAUGGAAUAUUUUCCAAUGCUUAUGAUGUUGCAUUUUCUGAGGAUAUAAAAAAGUUAAAUAACGAUAUUCAAAAUAAAACAAACCAAAAUAAUUGUAUCAUAGAACAUCAUGCAGAUCAAAUUAGUUCUUUAGAUAAGAGGCUCACUUCUCUAUCCCAAGCAUUAACAAAAAACACAGAGACAGAAACACAUAACACUAAAAUUGAAGCAACAAAAAGUAGUAAGCUGUCAAAUAAAUGGAUUUGUGAAGAAUAUUUUCUGAAAGUUAAACUUAAUGAACUACUAGACCAACUUAGAGACUGUAAUAGAGCAAAAUUAUUAAGGAUAAAAAAUUUGUUAGCAGAUUUAUUUGGUGAUGACAGUGAUGAUGAAGGUGUUAUGUCACCCCUUGAGGAAACAUCAGAAUUCAUUACUAGUUGUAAGGAGCGGAUUGCUCCAUGGGUUGUCAAACUUCUCACUCCAUAUUAUACCAAAGGAAGGAUUAGAGGGAAAGCCCUAUUUAAGUCUCUUGCUAAACAUCUUAUUAGGUUGAUAUAUCAAUGCAGUAAAUAUCCUGAGGAAUAUGAAGUAAAAGACUUUAUACAAGAUUUCUUGAAGAAUCAUAAAAUGAUAAGAUGUGAGGCAGACUUCAAACAAUUUAGAAUAGAGAACAUUUAG